ACUUUGAAUUCAAAAUAGACUACUUGUUUACCACGCAUUAUGGAUCACGUGCCGGUCGUAUGUAUUGAUAUACAGUGCCUCUCCUGCGUGAAAAUAUUUACCGAUUUCCAAUUAGUUCUCCGUACAUCUUCGUGUUCGUCGCUAUUUUGAGCCACUCGAUGUACUUGGUCAUGUGAAAUGAUGACUGAGACGAAAACUAGUGUGGCGUUGCUCGCAUUGUUGCUCAACGUCUAUCUGAUAUUUGCUGACUUCUUUUAUAUCUUAACCUUCAGUCCGAAUAAUGAUUGCACGUCACUGACAUUGAAUUAUGUCACACCACCCGAAUUGAUACCCAAAAGCUACAAAGUUAAUCUUAUAAUAAUGGAUGAUCAAAAAGUCAAAGGGGAGACCAAUAUAAUAAUUGAAAUAACCAAAACAUGUUGGUUCAUAAGUUUGCACGCAGAUAAUCUGAUAAUAUAUGAUCCAACGAUAAAAUCUCUGAAAAAAGUCUUUAACAAAACGAUCGAACAGAAUGAGACAUACUUCCCAUUUGGCUAUGAUUAUUGUAAGAAAACGGGCAAUCUCGUUAUAUUCUUCAACAAGCCGUUGCUUGGAUAUUACGAACUACAUAUGAAACACAUAGGCGUCAUAGACGACACCUUCGGAUUGGUCCGAAUAAAAUCAAGCAAAGAAGAAAAUGCAACGUGGUCAUACUUGACGAUAUUUGAACCGAUCGGAGCUCGACGUGUGUUUCCUUGCUGGGACGACCCGUCAUUCAAAGCGGUCUUCAACAUCUCCGUCGUACAUUCGUCUGAAUAUAAUGUUUACUCUAAUAUAAUGAAAAAAACACAGACGAUAGGACAUACAACAAGAUGUACGAAAUUUAAUUCUACAUCUCCAACGGCCACCUACCUCUUGACAAUCGCUAUUAUCCCAUUCAACGAUAUAUAUUGGUUACAUAAUCUAACAUGGCUACAUGAUGUCAAAAACAUUGCUCAAACGGCCGGAGUAUUAUUAACGCGGUAUAUAAGCAACUUUUGGAAUUGCAAUUCGCAAUUGCAACUAUUGACGUUUAAGCAUCUCCCCAAGAAAGUCGUGGGAAGCUGGCAAUUGGCAUUUUUCAGAGAAAAAGAUGUUAUGUACGAUAAAAACGUCGAUUCUUCCGGUCGCUUAAUCGACGUGUCGAGGACGAUAGGAAGCGGAAUGACACGACUAUAUAUCAAAAGCUUAGUCAACCCAAGUAAAUUUAUUCAUCUGUGGUUCAGCAGGGCGCUUGAGUCGUAUUUCAGUUACAAGAUCCUCGAAGACAUGGACUUUACAGAACAAAUAAUGCAACUGUUUGUGGUACAAGUACAAAUGCCUGCAAUGCAUAACGAUAUUAUUCUCGAUGUGCCAUCCAUUCUACACACAGAUGAUCCAUUUUACUCUAAUCUUAUUACCAAGAAAGCAUCCGCUAUAUUAAGAAUGUUGGAAUUUAUCGUUUCAAGACGAGUAUUCCAAAAAGCUAUUAACGAAUAUGUAAAUACAUAUAUACAUGGAUAUUCCGAGCCAAACGAUUUCUUCAAUAUCCUGUAUAGAAUGACGUACCAAUAUACGGACAUACCCCAACGUAACAUAACGAAAGCGCUACUUGUCUGGUUGUCGCAGAAAUAUUAUCCCACAUUGAUGAUUAAACAAAGUGACCGAAUCAACAUGAUAUAUGGAAGCAUUCUCGAAAGUAAAAUGAAUUGGCCGAUACUCGUGACUUAUGCUACACAGAGAGAACCUGACUUCCACCAAAACAUUCGUAGACUGUGGCUGAACAAUACGUUAUUGCAGUUGCAAAAUAAUAAUAUAAGUUUACAACACUGCAAGGAAGACGAAUGGUUUAUAAUAAAUGUACAACAAUUCGGUUACUAUCGCGUUCAUUACGAUACUAACAUAAUGAUAAAAAUUAUAAAAGUGUUAGAAACCGAUCAUAGGAAGAUACAUGCUUUGAAUCGUGCUCAGCUCAUCGAUGAUGGGUAUCAUUUUGUAAUGGAGAACAAAAUGAAUAGAUCGAAUUAUAUACAUUUGCUUCAGUACAUGAAGAAUGAGGUUGAUUUCAUAGUAUGGCACUCUAUGAUAAACGUCUUGCAGUAUAUGUCGCCUUUCUUCAACUAUCCAGAAAGUCAAGAAUUUAAGAAUGUAAUGGUGGAUAUCAUGUCUCAUGUUCUGAAGACGAUCGGAUAUGAUGAAGAUCCUAAAGAUGAUGAUAUGACAAAAGCAAUGCGUUCAUUACUUCAGCAUUGGUCCUGUAAACUUGGCUGUUUAGAAUGCAGAGAUUGGGCCAACAAAAAAUUGAUGGCACGCAUCAAUGAUAAAGAUAAAUAUCCACUGUGGUGGCAGGGCUGGAUAGCUUGCGCGGGCAUGAUGAGUAUAAGUUAUGAGGAUUGGUACACACUAAUGCAUUAUACACCCGACAGUAUGAAAUUGGGAAAAAAUCUAGCCUGUAACCAGGACGUUUAUAUGAUCUUGAUAUAUUUUAAAUACGUCAUCUUUGGAGACAAGUUUCAGUGGUCACAAGCGCAAAUAGCGCAGAUGGAGGAAUUAUAUCACGCCAUUGUGAAAAAUCAUGCGAGACAAAAGAAAAUGUUUGAUUCUAUUCUGGAAAGUGUCAACGAGACAUUCCCCUAUCUAUUGGGUAGGAACGAUAAAUUAGUUGAAAUAAUGAUGAAUGUGUAUUCCAAGUGCCCACUUCACAAGAUAAAGAUUUUCAUAAGCUCGGAAGGCAUAUUCCAAGACACAAAGCUGGAAUAUUUAAUAAUAUGGCGAGCCAAACAAGUAGAUAAAGAAAGAUAUAUGUUUGCAUAUCGUUUUACGUACAAUUUUACUCAUAAGUGUACGGCAUCUGAAUGCUGCUUCUAUCAUAAAAAAAUAUAAUAUAUUAUAUUAUUAUACG